UUGUGUUUAUUUAAAUUUUUAUUCGAAAAUUAGUCCAAUACUUAAUAGGGAAAUGAAUGCAGAUCAUUCUAAUCACUUACAAAAUAAAGAAAAAGAGGGGGGAGAGAAUGACGGGAACAACAACAAAACUGAAGAGAGCGGCAGACAAUUAAUUUCUGUUGCUUUACCAGUUAGACGAGUAAAACAAGGCAAAAUAGGGAAAGAUUCAAUCAUUGUUUUGAAUGAGAAUGACAAUACAAUUAGCUAUGAUCCAAUGUUGGACACGUCAAAAAUGCUUUGUGGAUGUUCCAAAAAAGAGAAAAAGACUGUUAGUUUAUUCGAGCUGCUCGAAAUUAGGCAAGGCUAUAGGACUGAUAAUUGGCACAGAGCUGUGAGAAUGAAGAGGUUUCAGGAAACUGCUCCGGAAGACCAUUGUUUUUCAAUAAUAUUUAAACAUCCUCGUUUUGUCUGUAAAUCACUUGAUUUUAUAGCAUUUGAUAAAAAUAAAGCUUUAGAAUGGGUAGAAGAAUUACGUUUAUUAUUAAAUAAUAAAGAAAAUGGAAGAGGAGGAAAAAAAGAAGAAGAAAAUUUUUCAAAAAAUAAUUUUAAUGAAAAUUGGUGGCUAUUAAAAAAUUUUAAAAAUGCUGAUUUGGAUAAAAAUGGAAAAAUUGGUUUUAAUGAAUUAUGGAAAUUACUUAAACGGUUAAAUUUACAAUUGAGUGAACUUUAUGUUAAAGCGCUGUUUAAGGAAACUUUAGAAAGAAACGGACAACAACAACAACAAAACCAAGCUUUAGACCAAAAAGAAUUUUUACAUUUAUUUUCUGUUUUGACAGACUUGCCAGAAUAUAAAAAUGCCCUUAGAUUGGCUAAUGAUGAAGGGAAUGAUUGGUUGGAUGCAAAUUCACUUUUAAAAUUUUUGAGGGAAGAACAAGAGUUCAAAGAAAUUGAUUUGAAAAAAGCUGAAGCAAUUAUUGAUUUUUGUGAACCUGGGGGACAAGAAAUAGGAAGGGCAAAAAUAUUGACUAUAAAUGGCUUUCGCCGUCUUCUCCAAUCUUGUUGGGGUAACAUUUUACGUGAAGGACACGAAACUGUAUUUAUGGAUAUGGACCAGCCUUUACAUUGUUAUUUUAUCAAUUCUAGUCACAAUACUUAUUUAACUGGAUUACAAGUACAUGGAAAUGCUACAAUUGAAGGAUAUAUUUGUGCUUUAAAAAAGGGAUGUCGACUAUUAGAAUUAGAUAUAUUUGAUGGAGAAAAUGGAGAACCUCAAAUAACACAUAAACAUACAUUUAUUGCACCAAUAUCUUUAAGAAAUGUUUUAAAUUGUAUAAAACAAUAUGCAUUUAUUCAAAGUUUGUACCCAAUUAUUUUAACUAUUGAGAAUCACGUUAGUCCAUUACAACAGGGAAAAAUGGCGGAAAUAUUUGUACAGGUGUCAGGGAUGUCACGGGUUAAGAAAAAAUCGAAUUGGUGGGCUAGACCGGAAGGAGUCAGGGUUUCGGGUCUAUUGGAUCAGUUAGGUGUAGAGUUGCCGUUUUUGAGUCGGUCCGUACGAGUCUUUUUUGGGUCAAAUAUCUUAGGUCUGACUCUAUCUUUGUGUUUGAGUCGAGCCAUUUUGGCUAUCCUAGUUAGAUGGAUUAAGGGGGAAAAAGUUGGGUGGGUUUUGAAAAAAUUUUUUUUCGAAUCGGGUUUCAGGUAUCGUGUACCCCAUGACAUUCCUGAUAAGCUUGUUCUAAUUAAAAGGAAAAGGGUUGUUCCAAACAGGGGCAGGUGCAAGAGACAAUAUCCAAAAACGCGACGCAAGGCCAACACCAAGGCCAACAUUUAA